UUAAUAGUAAUUGAAGAGCCAACCGCCUAUUUAUAUGCGUAGUAUGCAGUGGCAAAACCAUGGAUCUUGGGACGAUACGAAGCAGGCUGCGUGAAGGUGAAUACUCUAGUCCUUUGGAGUUCGCAGCAGACGUGCGUCUUACAUUCUCAAAUUCCAUGGCUUACAACCCGCCAGGAAAUCAAUACCAUAAAAUGGCUCGAGAUCUCAGCACUUAUUUUGAGUCGAGAUGGAAAAUUAUAGAGAGAAAAAUACUUGUGGUGGAACCACCGGUCAUGUCCCUAACCAGCUCUGCUUCUCUGGAGUUUGAAGUCCCGUGUAAUGUAGCACUACCAAGAAAGAAGACAGCUGAAGUGAAUGAGGGGAAGCUGAGGGUGGAGCCUGGGAAGUUGGUUAUGACAGAUGGUGAGAAGAAAAAACUGAAAAAACUAAGCCAAGAUUUGGAGGCGUUAGGGGAAGAGUUUCCACAGAACAUUGUUGAUCUCCUGAGAGAGCAAAGUGGCAAUGUUGACCAAUCUGGAGAAGUUGAGAUUGAGAUAGAAAUAGAUACGCUUUCUGAUGAAACCUUGUUCAUGGUUCGGAAAUUCCUGGAUGAGUAUCUAAGGGAUAAAAAGAAAUCACAGGAAAAGAGUGAACCUUGUGAGAUGGAGAUAGUUCAUGACUCUGGAUUUAGUAAUUCCCCUCUGCAGCCUAGUAAAUGUCAUUUGCUGAUUGACGAGGAUGUUGACAUAGUUGGUGGGAAUGACCCCCUUGUUUCUAGGCAUCCCCCUUUUAAGAUAGAAAAAGAUAUUGCAUGUAGAAACAGUUCGAGUAGCUCCAGUAGUGAAUCAGGCUCUUAAUCUAGUGAUUCUGAUUCUUGUAGUUCAUCUGGAAGUGAAACAAAUUCCAUUAAAGUUUCAAGCCCUACGAGUACAGAUGUAUCUGACAGAAAAAAGGAACGAGGAGUUGGUAUAAAGAAAAAGGAGGAUGAUAUUAAUGGUGAAAAUAAUGUUUUAAACGAAUCAUUAAACAAACUGGGUCAAGUUGAGCAUGAUGUUGAGGAAAAGUCAACGACCAUGGAUGAUGAGGAGACGGCUCCACCUGUGAGGCAAGAUUCCCCAGGAAAGCGUCAACGUGCUGCUCUGUUGAAGAAUCGUUUUGCUGAUACCAUAAUGAAAGCCCGAGAGAAGACCCUAACUAAGGGUGAAAACGGAGAUCCUGAAAAACUGAGGAUAGAAAGAGAGAAGUUUGAAAGACGGCUUAGGGAAGAAAACGCACGGUUACAAGUUGAGGCCAAAGCUGCUGAAGAGGCUAGGAGAAAAGCCGAAACAAAAGCUGCAGAAAAAGCAAGGAGGGAAAGAGAGCAAGAGAGAGAAGCUGCACGAUAAGCUUUACAAAAGAUGGAAAAGACUGUGGAGAUAAACGAGGGUAGGCGGUUUAUGGAAGACCUGGAGAUUCUUAGAGCUACAGGUGCCGAGGCUGAUCAGUUGCCGACUUUCAUGAAAGAGAUGAGCCCAAAAUUUAGCAAGGAUAUGUUGGGUAGUUUUAAGAUGGAAGGAAAUAGUAACCCAUUAGAACAGCUAGGUCUCUACAUGAAAAUGGAUGAGGAUGAAGAAGAUGAGCCACACUUCAGCCAAGGAGAAGUAGAUGAGCAACCCUUUGAUAGAAAAGAAAGACUCACGCUUAGUCCUCACGUAGCAGAGAAAGAGGACCAACUUGAUAGCGGAAAUGAAAAACCGGUAAGCGAGAAGGGACAAGAGAAUGGGAACCAAGAAGAUGAAAAACCCAUCAACCAAAAGGAAGGAGAAGAACAAAUAGAGAAUGUGCCAGUUAAUCCCCACGGAGAAGAGGGUCUCGUUAAUAGAAGUGAAGGGGGAGAAGAAGUGGUAAGCGAGCAGGCACAAGAUAAUGGGAACCAAGAAGAUGAAAACAUCAUCAACCAAAACGAAGGAAAAGAACAAUUGGAGAAUGUGCCAGAGCAAGAAAAUGGAGUUGAGGACAAGACAGAUGAAGAAGCUGAAGUUGUGGAAAAGGGUGAUGAAGAAACUGAUGUUGUCGACAUGGUGAAGGUAGAAACUGAAGUUGUCCACAAUGGAGAGAGAAAGAAACUGAAGUUGUCGACAUGGGAGAGCAAGAACACGAAUUUGGUGACAGGGGACAAGAAACUGAAGUUGUCCAAAAGAAAGCGGAAGAAAGAAGUUGUAGAAAAGGGAAAGCAAAAAACUGAAGAUGUCCAUAAGGGAGAGCAACAAUAUGAAGUUGUAGAAGAAGAAAUUGAUUGAGAUAUCUUUCUUUUGGGUUCUUCAUUCCACAAAAUAUAAUGUGGCGUGAAAUGGUGUAAAAGCAAAGCAAAGUAAAGGAGAGCCAGAGAUAUUGAAGAAGACAAAGAAGAUGAGCUAUCUUAUUUCAUAACCUGACUGACCUGACUGUUAAAUGUUGACAAUAACUGCCAACUGUUGAAGACCAAAGAAAAAAUAUAACAAUUUUGCUAAAUGAAAGAUGUUGUCGAAAAUUUGAGUUUGGUAUAAAAACAGUAAAGUUGAAAUGCACCAAAUUUUAAACUCUUUA